AUGUUCGCGCUCGCCUCGUCCUCCGCCGCCGCCGUCCGCGUCCCGGUCGCGUCCGCCGCGGCGCCGCGGACGCGCGCCGCGCGCGCCGCGACCGCGUCGUCGCUCUCGUCCUCCGCGUCCUCCGCGUCCGCGCCGCUCCGCGCGAGAUGCUGCUUCGUUCGCGGUCCGUCGUCGUCGUCGUCGUCGUCGUCCGUCCGACGCGGGAGCCUCCAGGUCCGCGCGGACGCCAUCGACGACGCCGUGGAGAUCGCGACGAAGGGCCCUAACACGGGUCCGAAAGGGCCGGUCGCGUCCGACGUCGUCCCCGCGCUCCCGCGCUCGACGUGCUCCGACGUCGUCGAUGGCGACGGCGGGUUCAACCUCGCGACGACGUCGUUCGGCACCAUCGGCCUGAGCGUCGGCCUGCCGCUGCUGUCGUACGGGUUCUUCUCCUUCUUCAACUUCCUUCCGGGGGGGAGCGUGUCGUCGCUGCUGCUCAUCUACGGGUUCAUCAUCUCCCUCAUCGGGUUCGCGCUGAAGUACGCGCAGCUGGACCCGCUCGAGUGCGUCACGUACAGGGACGCGCUCGCGCUGCGCGAGUCGCAGACCACGGCCAUCCUGACCCAAGUCCGCAACGACGUCACGCGGUACCGAUACGGCGACGAGCAGCACCUCGAGGAGGCGCUCGGGUUCAUCUUCCGGUACAACCGCCCGGGCGGCCUCCGCAAGAACCAGGCGCCGAAGAUGACGGGCAUCGCCGAGAUGGUCAUCGUCGACCGCUACGCGCUCGUCUUAAAGUUCGACUGCCCGAAGAUGGAGCUGUCCGAGUGGACGGACCGCAGAGAGAAGAUUCAGGCGUUCUUCGGCCCCGGCGUCACCGCGGGGAUCACGGAGACGGGAGAAGGGAAGGUGGAGGUGGAGCUCGUGAGCGACGGCAGCGACGCGUCGGGGCCGAGCGGGAACGACGACAUGGAGGUGUUGCCGCCGCUGAUGCCGGGGUUGCCGCCGCGCUACGUCAAGAAGGGCAAGGCGUAG